CCAAUCCGAUCUGCAGGGAGUUUGGCGGUGCGGGUCGUCUUGGGUUUACACUGGACAGCCAAACCGGCUUUAAAUGGCCCUGAUUUUCCCUGGCAGUAUCAGAAGGCUAUUUUAGUCCAAGCGCUCGGAACCUUUUAGCUUAUCUGAAAUUCUGAGUGGAAUAAUUGGAUCAGCUCUUCGCAAUAAUCGCCACAAAAUAUCUACAAACCCUAAUAGGAGCUUCUUAAGAUUAGGGUUGAUUAGAUCCAUCUCCUGCUAAUUUUGAUUUUGUAAACAAUAGUAGGGGGUUGCGGCUGAGCAAUGUACAACGGAAUAGGAUUACAGACCCCGAGAGGGUCAGGGACUAAUGGCUACAUACAGAACAACAAAUUUUUUGUGAAGCCAAAGACUGGGAAGGUUGCUAAUAACAUGAAGGGAUUUGAGGCCGACCAGGGCACUGCUGGUAUCACCAAGAAGCCCAAUAAGGAUAUUCUUGAGCAUGACCGGAAGCGCCAAAUCCAUCUCAAACUCGCUGUGCUUGAAGACAAGCUUAUCGAUCAAGGAUAUACUGAUGCUGAAAUUGCUGAGAAGCUUGAGGAAGCUCGGAAAACUUUGGAAGCUGCUUCAGCCUCCGAGGAAAGUGGUGGACCUGCUGCUAUUGUUGUUACGGAGAAAAAGGUUUUCGAUACACAGUCCCAUCAAAUUGCUGCUAGAAAGGAAAAACAGAUGGAAACAUUAAGGGCGGCUUUGGGGAUCAGAAUGUCUGAACCCAGCGAACCAAAUGCUGAAGUUUUGGAUGAUGGACUACAAAAUGGUAGAAAGAAUGGGCCAACUGAUGAUAGUAAGUGGGGUGAGAAACGUGAACACGCCUUUUUGGACAGAGACUUUAGCAGGAAGAAAUCUAUGGUUGAAAAUCAAAAGGCUGAAAAGAACGAUAAGAAAAAGAAUAAGAAGAAAGAAAGAGAUGGAGUUGAUGAUUUAAAACACUACAAGAAGGGAGAAAGUGAUGAUGAGACUGACACUGAUACUGACUCAGACCCUCACAAUGGCAAGAAGAACAAAUCUUCAAAGAAGCAUGUGAAAAGCCAAAGACAGGACACUGGUAGCGAUGAUUCUGCUAGUGAUGAUGACACUGAUUCUAACAGUGGGAGGAGGAAGAAGAAUAGAACUUUGGAGAAAUCCACAAAAGGCAAAAGACAUGACAAUAACAGUUAUGAUUCUGCUAGUGAUGAUGACACUGAUUCUGACGAUGUGAGGAAGAAGAACAGAACUUUGGAUAAAUCUGCAAAAAGUAGAAUACAUGACAGUGACAGUGAUGAUAACUCUGAUUCUGACUAUGGGAGGAAGAAGAAAAGCAGAACCUUGAAGAAACCCGUGAAAGGCAGAAGCAGAAGACAUGACAGUGAAACAGAUGAUUCUACUAGUGAUGAUAGCACUGAUUCCGACACAGGGAGGAAGAAGAAAAGCAGUACUUUGGAGAACCCCAUGAAAAGCAGAAACAGAAGACAUGACAGCAACACAGAUGAUUCUACUAGCGAUGAUGGCACUGAUUCUGACAGUGGGAGGAAGAAGAAGGGCAGAACUCUGGAGAAACCCACAUUUAGCAAAAGGCAUGACAGUGAUGAUUCUGCUAGCAAUGAUUAUGUUGAUUUUGACAAAGUGAAGAAGAACAAGAACAGAGCUUUGGAGAAACCAAUGAAACACAGAAGAAAUGACAGUGACGAUUCUAGUACUGAUGAUGAUAUUGAUUACAAUGAGAAGAAGAACAAGAACAGAACUUCAGAGAAGUACAAGAGAAGUGAAAGACAUCGUAAUGAUGUAGAUGAUUCCAUGACUGCUGAUGAUGUUAGAAUGGAUUUUUCCAAUCAAGAGGUUGGAAAGUAUGAGAAAAUUCAUAGGAGGCAUGAUUCUGAUGAUGAUCCUAACCUUGAUUUGGACUUAUCUAAGCAUAGAACUCAGGAGGUGAAGCAGCAUGUGAAAACAAGUAGACAGCAUGAGGAUAGCUCUGAUAUUGAUGGCGAGGUGGGAAGGAGAAAAAAUCCACUUGGCAAGCUUAGAAAUCGUUGGAAUGGAAGUGGAACAGAAAAAGAUGAUACUAAUUUGGAGGAUCGUUGGAAGAGUGAGGAUACACACAGGAAAAGCAGCAGAAUUCAGAGUAAGGAUGAUGAACUAAAGCAUGAAAGUAGGAGGAAUGAUAGGGAUAAUGAAGAUCGUGGAGGGGAGAAAAGGCACACCAGGGACGAAGUGGUUCGUAGAAGUGGAAGGUACCAAAGAGAUGAAGAGGAUGAUGAAUAUCAAAGGCGUAGAACGGAUGGUGAUGAUAAGCAGUACAGAAGUCGAAAGCAUGCAAGAGGGGAGGAAGAAGAGCAAAGAAGUAAAGGUCAUGAUGAUUGGGAUUAUGCAGGGCAUGGAAGGGAGAAGAGGUACCGCAGGGAUGAAGAGGCAGGGCAUGGAAAGGAGACGAGGCACCGCAGGGAUGAAGAGGCUGGGCAUGGAAAGGGGAUGAGGCACCACAGGGAUGAAGAGGAACAUAAAGAGAGAAAGUACAAAAGAGAUGAAGAGCUUAAUGACAAAUAUGGAAAGCAUGUAAAAGUUGAUGAUGACCAAAGGUAUGAAAGCCGAAGGCGUGGAAGAGGUGAGGAAGAAGAGCGAGGAAGUAAAAGUCAUGAUAGGGACAAACAAAUGGAUUACUCUAAGAGAGCAAGAUAUGGUGAUUCCCGAUCAAAUGAGAGGAGAAGAUACGAAAAUGACAAGCGUGAUGAUGAUCGGGCCAGGUACUGAGAGUAGAACUGAUCAUCCUCAGGCAGCAGUAUGUCUGGGAAGCUGGGGAUGACUCAGUAAAGUAUAUUUGUUGCUGAAUCGGAGGAUGGAUUCUACUAGGAGUAAUAUCAACUUGAUUGUAUUUGGAUUGCAUUCUGUCUGUCUCUGAGAGAAUUGUUGCUUGUCUAUCUACAUGGAAGUGCAUCAAAGAUUUGCUGGAAUUAAAAGAGAACAACUUUUAUCUUGAUGAUUGAGCUCUCCUACUGCAAGAAUAUCCUGCCCUCUGAUUGGGUCAGGGAAAUUAUGUUCAUCUAUCAUACUAUGUUGUUUUAUUUCAGUUAGUGAGAUGGCACAUUGUUUGUUGGGCAUGGUCUAAUGGUUGAUUUUACCAGUGGUCUGCUGCUGGCCUUGUGUAUCGUAUAUUGGGAUUGGGGUAUGCUUGUGUAGACUUGGCAACGGUCCCGUUGGGGCCGGAAAAACUGGAUUGGCUGACUUCAUGGUUUAAAUCGGCUCUAGUUUGUAAUGGUUUCUGAUCAUAACGGUUUUGGCUCAAAAUAUGGUUUUGAUUCGAAAUGGUUUUAA